AUGGAUACUUCGAAAAACAUUGACGAGAGAAAAGAGACUUCCGCAGAACAUGUCGAGGAUCCAAUGCGGUACUCUGCGGCCUUCCAAAUCCCAGAAGUUGUCUGGUGGAAGCACUGUGGAUUGCGGAGGCUCUAUGUCAUGAUGCCUAUACUGUUUCUCGGAUCGACAAUCAAUGGAUAUGAUGGCUCGCUUCUGAACGGACUCCAGACAAUGCCCCCAUGGCGAGAGUAUUUUGGAAAUCCUACCGGCUCGACCCUGGGGCUCCUGACCGCGAUCCACAACAUUGGAGGCAUAUGUGCUUUGUUUUUCUCUUCAUACCUUGCUGAUCUGCUAGGCCGUCGAGCAUGUGUAUCACUGGGCACCAUCGUGCUCUUUGUAGGGGUCAUUGUCCAGUCUGCCCCGUCGGUAAAUCGAGGCAUGUUCAUUGCAGGGAGGUUUUUAGUUGGUCUUGGAUCAAACAUCAGCCAAGGCGCAGCUCCCUUGCUCGUAACCGAGCUUGCACACCCUCAGCACCGAGGCACGUUGACAACCAUGUACAAUACACUGUGGUACGUUGGCUCUAUUAUUGCAGCAUGGACGGUUUUUGGAACCAUCAAAUAUACGUCAAAUGCGUCAUGGAGGAUCCCUGUCGCGCUUCAGGCUGCUAUGCCUGCCAUUCAGUUUUUAGGUGUUUGGCUACUGCCAGAGAGUCCUCGCUGGCUUUGUGCAAAGGGUAGAACUGAAGAUGCAUUCAAUACUUUGGUCAGGUAUCAUGGCAACGGAGAUCGAAAUGACACGUUCUGCGAAUGGCAGUUUCAUGAGAUCCAGAGCACGAUAAGGCUUGAGAAAGAGAUUUCCGGGAAUAGUUGGGUACUCCUCGUCAAAACUCCUGGUAAUCGAAAGCGAUUUCUCCUUAUUGCCCUGGUUGCGUUCUUCUCCCAGUGCUCAGGAAACGGGUUGGUUUCGUAUUACAUUCACUCUAUUCUUCAGUCGGUAGGUAUCACAUCUUCCAGUGACCAGGCAAUCAUCAAUGGGGGAUUGCAGAUAUGGUCAUUUCUUGUGGCAAUCGGGUUUUCGGCUUUCCUUGUCGACGUUCUAGGACGUCGAAAGCUCUUUAUGAUUGCCGCAAUUGGAAUGUUGAUCGCCUUCAGUAUUUGGACUGGGUGCUCGGCGGUAUACGCUCAAAAUCAGGACUCGGGAGCUGGAAGUGCAGUGAUCGCGAUGAUCUUCCUGUACUAUGGUGUUGCUGGCUUCGCGUGGCCUGGUCUCACUAUCGCAUACUGCGCAGAAAUAUUGCCAUUCAAUAUCCGAGCCAAGGGCCUCGCGGUUAGUCUCGCUCUAACCGGCUGCUCGUCGGUUUUCAACCAAUACGUAAACCCAAUUGGACUAGAGGAGUUGCAGUGGCGGUUUUACUUUGUCUAUAUUGCGAUCCUCGUCGUUGAAUGCCUUUGUAUUUAUUUCCUCUUCGUGGAAACGAAAGGUCCAACUUUGGAAGAGAUUGCGGUAUUGUUCGAUGGUGAAAAGGCAAACAUGUUGAGUUCAGAGGAGCUGGGUGUUAAAUCGAAUCCGAACGUGGCCAAAUAG